CUCUCUAGGUAGGUUUGUCAGACAGCGGAGCCCGGCGAGGCCGGUCGAGGUGGGCGGAGGCUUCCCCCAGAAAUGCAAUUACUGGAAGGAAGCUGGGUUCCAGGAUGGGUCUUGAUUCUCGCUCACCCGGAGCAAGCGCGGCCUGGAAUCGGCCCCUGGAGUGCAGCUGCUUAACCCUAUCCUGAAUUCGCAGAACAUCUAUUUUUCGGAUGGGAAACCCGAGAACCAUCCAAGCUUCUGUCGUGUGGGCCGCAGGGAGUCCAGCUGUGAGUCACCUCGGAGGGGCCAGGGAGCAGAGUCGGCUAGCCCGAGACGGAUGCCAACCCGCGGUACCCUGCCUCCCGCAGCUCCGCUUAGCCACGGUGAUUCAUUUCCCCUUCGGCUUGGCCCAGAGGGGGCGCCGCCCUGGCCUGGGAGGGGAGCAAGAUGAGGCAGCCUUGAGGGACCACGUGGUCCGGCUAAGCCGAAUCCCAAGGUCUCGGGAGACGCUUGUGGUCCGUCCUCAACGCCCUGCUCCUUGAUGACAGACCGCUUCGGGACGGCUCUGCAGGGUACCCGGGGUUCCAGCAGCUGGGGACCACCCGGAUUCCCACUGAUGGCUGGUGCAGUCCACACUCUCCGCUGAGGGACUCCGCCGGCGGCUGCGCGAGCCGAGCCCGGAGCCGCCAAGGCCGUGGGAGGGGCCAGAGGGCUCCGAGGCGGGGCCUUGCGGGGCGGGCCCCCGGCUGAGCCCAAUUUUCCGGGUGGAGGUCAGCUUCGGUAGCGGCGGAGAGGGCGGGGCCGGGAGCUGCGCGGGCGCGGUGGGCGGGACUGGAGCCCCGCGCCCCGAGCUGCCAGAUUCACGGCGGGAGCCGGGCGGCAGCCGGAGCAGCGGGAGCAGCCGCCGCCAGGCCGAGCUCGCAGCUCCGCGCCCGCCGGCCUGUCCUCCUCCAUUCACGGCGAAGCGAGGCUGGGGGCCCGCCGGCCGCGACCUCCGCUCCCACGCUCGGAGCGCUAUCGCCCCUACCCGGCCUGGGCACGGCCUGAGCACCAGACACGCCAGGGGUCGGGGUCAGUCAGUGUCCUCACCCUGACGGUCUGGGGACCGAAGAGGGAAAAAGCCAAGAGGAUUCAGUGUGAGAGCAUCGCGUGAGCUCGGGGCGCGCGCAGGAGAGAGGAGACUUCCCCUGGCGCGGGAGGUGCCCAGGGCUUACGAGGCCUGGGUGGGCACCAGCCAGUCCGGCAUCUCAACAGCCUCGGUUCUGCCCUGACGGAGCCCGAUAAUCGGCCGGCUCGGGUUUAGCCUUAGAAGCGGUGUCCUCUCCUGUCUGAGGGAUCAGGACCUGGCCCAGCGAGUCCCCGGGAAGCCUCCCUCCUAAUCCAGCCCCACUGGUGCGGAUGUGCCGCUGCCCACUGGAGCGCCAUGAAGGCAGGAUGACCUCAGCCGAAGCAGUGGCUGUGGCUGGAAGUGCCCGGGAGCAUGGCCGCCCCAAGUGGCCUCCUGACAACCCUCAGGUCCUUGGGCAGCCUGCUCGGGCCAGAGUGGUUGUGGCAGCACUGGUGUGGCUGUUGGCAGGAGCCAGUAUGUCAAGCCUCAACAAGUGGAUCUUCACAGUGCAUGGCUUCGGGCGGCCCCUGCUACUUUCAGCACUGCACAUGCUGGCAGCUGCCCUGGCGUGCCGCUGGGGGGCCCAGCGACCCAUGCCCCGCAGCAUCCAACGCAGGGUGCUGCUGCUCAGUCUCACCUUUGGUACCUCCAUGGCCUGCGGCAAUGUGGGCCUGAGCAGUGUACCCUUGGACCUAGCCCAGCUGGCCACCACCACCACACCACUGUUCACCCUGGCCUUGUCUGCGCUGCUGCUUGGCCGAAGACACCAUCCUCUGCAAUUUGUUGCCAUGGGCCCUCUCUGCCUAGGGGCGGCGUGCAGCCUGGCUGGAGAGCUCCGGGCACCUCCAGCCGGCUGUGGCUUCUUGCUAGUGGCCACCUGUCUCCGAGGCUUCAAGUCCGUUCAGCAGAGUGCUCUGCUGCAGGAAGCGAGGCUGGACGCCAUGACUCUGCUGUAUGCCACCUCUCUGCCCAGCCUCUGCCUGCUGGCAGGCGCGGCUCUGGUGCUGGAGGCUGGCACGGCCCCGCCGCUGCCGUCCACUGACCCUCGCCUCUGGGCCUGUGUCCUGCUCAGCUGCUUCUUGUCUGUGGUCUACAACCUUGCCAGCUUCUCCUUGCUGGCACUCACAUCCGCCCUCACCGUCCAUGUGCUAGGCAACCUCACUGUUGUGGGCAAUCUCAUCCUGUCCAGGCUCCUGUUUGGCAGCCACCUCAGCGCUCUCAGCUACUUGGGCAUCGCACUCACCCUUUCAGGAAUGUUUCUUUAUCACAACUGUGAGUUUGUGGCCUCCUGGGCUACCCGCCGGGGGUUGUGGAACAGGGACCAGCCUGGCAAAGGUCCCUGAGACCUGGGGGAGCUCAUGAGCCAUACCUGGACAGCCCCAGCCUGACUCUGAAUGGCCAUGAGGAACUGAACAGAGAGGUGCUAUGUCUGCCAGGCUAGGGAAAGGAGGUGCCCUCUGGAAGGGCUGCCUGGGAGGCUAGGUCAAGGACUUUCAGAGACCCACCUCCUGUCACAACAAAGCCUGCCACUGGAUGGUGGGUCCCAAGUCUGCCACAUAUGCUCGUUAGAUGAAUCGUGACUAGUCAACUACUAUGAUGAAGAUUGCUGAGCAAACUUAGAAAACCUCAACGUGUUAUAAUGAAGAGAAAGCCCAGCAGUUGCACAAUCCUUCCUGUGGGGCGGGGGAGACCAUGAGGGACACCAGAGGAGGCUUCUUCAUUCUUGGGCUCCCGUAUAGACAGGGUAGUCUGUGCCAACUUCAGGUAGCUGCUGCAGCCUCGCUCUGGUGCUUCCUCCCCCGGAUUUGGGUCUUCCAUCCUCAAAUAAACUAUUUUUUUCUUGGA